UUAAAGUUUUCAGUUGCUAAUGAAAGGACAGUGAAAAUAGCUACUUUAAUUUUUUUUUGUAAUCUUGUUACUCGUUCAAUAUUUUCUUAUUUGUUAAGGUUACCAAAUAUUUGAAUUAUGUCGUCAAAAGUACAGAAAAAGUCCAAAAGUUCAGAACCUUCGGCUCUUGGAAAACUGUAUUUGGUGGCUUACAAUAGUAUACAAACUUUAGGGUGGAGUUACUUAUUAUGGCAAUCAUUAACUCACUUCUUAAACCGAGGCACUUUAGACACAUUUUGGGAAGAAAUUAAGUGGACAGUUAUAAUAUUCCAGAAUGCUGCUAUAUUGGAGGUGGUACAUGCGGCGAUUGGUCUAGUGCCGUCGGGCGUGAUGGUGGUGUUGAUGCAAGUGUACUCGCGAGUGUUCCUUGUAUGUGGGGCACUGCUGGCCACACACGGCGCCACCGUGAGCCCUGGACUCCCGCUCUGCAUCCUUGCGUGGUCUAUCACUGAAAUUGUACGAUACGCCUACUAUGCCCUCAAUCUGCUCAACGCCGUGCCACAGCCUUUACUAUUCUUCAGGUAUUCGACCUUCCUGCCGCUGUAUCCUCUUGGAAUCACCGGGGAGCUGCUCUGCAUGUACCAUUCCCUUGAGGAGAUCCAGGAGAAGAAACUGUUCACGGUGUCCAUGCCCAAUGCGUGGAACUUCGCCUUUAACUACUACUACUUCUUAAUCUUCUACAUGUUCCUAUACAUCCCGUUGUUCCCUGUCCUCUUCGGCCACAUGCUGGCCCAGAGAAAGAAGAUGUUGGGUGGUGACCAUAAGAAAACCAAGUAAUUUUAAGUAAAUAACUAUUUUUUACAAGAUACCUUUAGGUACUCAGUUAACGUAACUUAUCACAUUGAUAAGUUUAUCUUAGUGUGUCUUUUUCUAGAAUCUCUCUACUAGUUUAUUUUUCAAAUUCUGGUCAUGUUUGCAUUGCAGCUAUUUUCCUACAGGUACCUUUUGCAUUUUUGAGAACACUUCGAUGAACCUACGCUUAAAUUUAGUAGCAAAUAUGGGUAAUAAUAUUAAUAAUAUAAGUGACGGGUUGCACAAUAUAUGUGUACAAUUAACUUAUAAAUCAUUCCCAAGAAUGUAUUUAAUUAACUCAGUAGUAUAAGUGACUUAAUACGGGAUGAGGCUUAGUGUAAGUAAUUUAUUGUUAUCGGUCGAUUGGGUAAUGGGCAAUGUUUAAAUAAAGUAUUUUCAUUAAUAAAGUA